AUGAUCUAUGGGGGUUCAGCUCAACCUAAUCAAGAGCCUUUACAAAAUAACUUCAUUCAGAUACCUUAAUAAAAUAGCUUGAGUGGAAUUUAAUAGCUUUAAGCUUCAUAAAUCUUGGCAUAAAACUAGGUUAAUACAUAAAACAUGAGUUAAGGCUAGACCGCCAUCCUUUUCUGUCAAUAAUUUCAUGCCACCCUAAAUUCAGAUAACUAGCCCAGUCAAUAACCAGACGCAAUAAUUUAUUUUUCCACUGCAGUUGAGUUGAGUUUAAACACUAACAAGCAACAUGAUGAAUCAAAGCAAAGUGCUAGUAGCAAAGGCAGUUCUUAGAAUACCCCUAAGCUUUAAAAAGCAAAUACAAGAAGAGAUACUGUUCCCGCUCAGAAUAACGUGUCUCUUAUUAAGAGACUGCAAUAUUAGGAAAAGGGAAAAAUGAACUCAUAAAUGAUUGGUACUGAUAGUAAACUGAAAAGUAGCAUGAAUGCUAACUAAGCACCCCAAACACCUAGCAAUUAGGAAACUAUCGAUUAGUUCUCAAUGGCAGACCCUCUUAAAGGAAUAUUAUCCAGGAGAUCUAGUUUUGGGGAUAAUUAGAAUAGCACUAGAAGUCUAAAUAACACUCAAGCUAAUUUUAAUUAAGAUUUCAACUUGAAUAGCUAUUUCGGAACCAGCGAGGUUGAUCAAACCAGAGAUAUAUUUAAAAGUAUAGUUGGGCCAGAAGGCUCUCUAGCUGAACAAAAGACUUUAAAGAAGUCUUCAAGCGAGCUAAUCCAAAAUCAUGAAGAAUUCUUUAUAGAGGAGGAGUAUGAUUACACUGAGAAUUUAGGUGAGUUGACACUGACUAUGAUUCAACAAAACAGAGACUCAAGGAAAUUCUGCAAAAUGAUUUAUCCAGAUAGCACACUCAAGACUGUAUGGGAUAUGCUCGGGAUGGUUAUGAUAUUUUACUAAGCUAUAAUGAUUCCUUACAGGCUAAGUUUCGGGGACACAGCUGAUGGUGCUCUUGCUAUUAUUGAGUAUAUCAUGGAUGUCUAUUUCAUAUUUGACCUAGGAUACUAUAAGCAAGGCAACUUGAUAAUGAACAGGAGAUUGAUUAUUACAAACUAUUUAUAAACGUGGUUUGUACUAGAUCUGUUAGCUUCAUUCCCUUAUACUUGGAUUAUCGACAACGCAGAUAAAGACGAUAAUGCUGAUGAAGAUUCUCCUAACUAUUCUCAAACAAAUUUAAAGGCUCCAUAACUUUUAAGACUCAUAAGAAUAAUCAGAUUUAUGAGAGUCUUGAAACUCCUUAGACUAUUAAAGCUUAAGAAUCUCGUUUACAAGGAAUUCUUCUUGAAUGAUUCAGUGAACUUAAUUAUUGACUUUGCAAAACUAUUUGUAAUAGUAUUUUUUAUCAUUCACUGGGUUGGCUGUUUUUUUUUUGCAAUUGCUAAUUUCGAAGCAAGUUUUCAUUCAGAUAAUUGGCUAAGGCUAGCAAACUUAAAUGAUAUGAGUGACUUUGAUUCAUUAUACAUUACAAGCAUUUAUUGGGCAUUCCUUACUAUGGCCACAAUUGGAUAUGGAGAUAUUUACCCAGUCUCAGUAAUAGAAAAGAUCUAUGUAAUGUUCUGCAUGAUUGGGGCUUGUGCUGUCUUCGCUUAUCUAGUUGGUUACAUUGGAUCAGUAUUAGAAAAAAGUGAGACUAUUAUUCAAGAAUUUAAGUAGUAUAAGUUAGAAGAAGAGGAAGUUCUUGACAUGCUUAGCGAAAGUUUAAGACUAGAACUUAUCAUCCAUAUGAAUGGAAAGAUGUUACAUAAUACCAUGUUGUUCAGGAACUUUGAUAUUUAGUUCUUAAGUGAACUCACAUUUGUAUUAAAGAAGGAAACACUCUCAGAUGACUUUAAGCUAUUCGAUGAAGGAGACAAAGGUUAGAAUCUAUACUUUAUCAUAAGAGGCAGUAUCAUUAUAGCUCAUAAGAAGACCUUUACUUAUAUUAAGGAAUUAGGAACUGAUGAAUACCUUGGAGAGAUAGCCUUUUUCUCAGAUUUUACUAGAAAAGCUACAGCUAGAUCUAAAAACUUCGCUGAAGUACUGAUCUUAGACAUCAAGGAUUUCUUAACUCAGGCCUAAAACUAUCCAGCAGUGCAUAAAAACUAUCUCAAUAUAAAAAAGAGCAUUCAAGAAGAUCCCAAAAAUCUUAAACUACUAGGCAUUACCUGCUAUCUUUGUGAAGGAAAUGGUCAUAUUGCUAUUGACUGCAAUAUUUUCCCAACAAUUCAAGGCAACUUGAAAGUUCAUGCUUAUGAAAAGCUUAAGAAAAUUUAGAAGUUGCUAACACAGCAAUCAAAAAGAGGAAUCAAAAGAGCUAGGCAUUAAAUAUCAAUGAAAAAGCAUGUGGAAAAUAUAGGAGAUCCAGAAGAUAGCAUUAUAACAGAAGAAUGCGAUGAAAAUGAUGAUAUAGAAUAGAUUAGAGAGGCCACAAAUGAAGACGAUGAGGAGGAGUUAUAAGAAGAGGAUGAUGAUGAAGAUGAGGAGGAAGAGCAAAAGAAGAGAGAUAAAGAGAAUCAUACAACACCAGAGAAAGGUCUUUCGCACCACUUAACAAAAAUUCUUAGAAACACAUAACUUUCAAAGCUUGAAGUAGGCAUAUAAAAUAAGUUAGCUCGAAUAUCAUCAGUUUCAAGUCAAUUCGAUCAUAUAAAAAGAGAAAAUACUCUAUAGUAAAAGCUAUAAAAAGGCAUUUUAAAAUAACUCACUUUUCAAAAGAAAAACUUAAAGUCAAAGAGUCCUCCUUCAAAUCAUAGAAUAAAUGGAAUAUAGUAAAUUGAUGAAGAAAAUUUAGGCUCAGACGAAUCAUCUUAGCAAACAACUUAAUAAUAGCAAUAGAAUAGAGCUAAGUUCAGAGAAAGCAUUUAGUAGUCACUGACUAUGAAGCAGCUUAACAGAAUAAUGACUAGAGUUAAGAUUAACACUGAAUCAAAUCAAAAGGUCCAAAAGAAUAGCAUGGUUGCUAGAGGGAUCAAAUUAGCUUUAAGAGAAAUCAACAAAGAGAUUAAGAAGACAGUUGUUUAAUCUCCAUAAUCCCCGCUCUAAUUGCCAUCAUAAUUGAGUACUAACAAAUCUGAGCCGAUAAAGAGUUAAUUGACAGCACUUGAAGCAUUAUCCAAGAAGUUUCAGCUAGUUAGCACUAAAAGUUAGACCUAAUUCUAAAGUCAAGAACAUAAAUCUAACACUAAAAUAUCUAAAGAUAUUGGUAUGAAGAUGAGAAAUCUGUCUAAGCUUGGCACUUUUAAAGACAAAAGCAUUGGUAACUUCAGGAAUUCACUGCCUAAAAACCCACAAACUAAUUCUGGCAUUGGCUCGUUUUCAUCUAUCACUCAAAUGAUCGGCAACAAUUUUUAGAGCAAGUUGAGAGGAGGAUCUCAGUCUCAUCAUGCCUAGGGAUCUAUUGGUGCUACUCUCAGCAAACUUUAGUUUGGCCCUAAGGUUGGAAAUUUGUCUAACCAAGGGACAAUGCAUGAAUUAGAUAAGAUCUCUUAAAUGGAUGAAAGAAAGAGCAUGAAGAGAUUUCCUGUAAUUAAUGAUAAAUCUGAUCGCCAGAAUAAGCAAAAUGUAAAAGAUAGGAAGAAAAGCGCAUUCAUCAAUGGGGCUGUUCCUAUUCCAGAUGAUUUGAACCUCAAUAUGCUAAACGAGAUUUUUGGCAACAUUUCAGAGUCUGAUUCUGACUCGGAGUCCGGAAGUAUCAAAUAAAGUGGAACCUCUUUUGAGAGUUCUAGUUCUGGAGAGUAAUUUGAUGAUGAUGAGGAAGAUAGAAAAGAGGAAGAAAAAUAAUGA